AUGUCCGGCGAUGAUCCUACGUAUGAUAUGGUGGCUGAAAAUGUGAGAACGGAUAGACAUGAGAACAAGGAUGACGAUGUGAAACACGUUCGCUGUGAAGUGGUCCGCCGAAGACAAAGAUUACUUUCACUUUCUAUGCCUCGGUUCCUGCGUGGAACCGUCGCUAUCGCUUCUGGUGAAUUCCCAAUGCCGUGGUUCGGUAUUGAUAUAGGAGGCACAUUGGUCAAACUUGUCAUUAAUGCAUUGCAGAAUGAUUUUAUUGAAAAUGAAGAAGAAGUUUUACGGCGUAAGAAAAUUCAACGGUAUCUUGUGACGAGCAAAGCUUAUGGAGGCAGUGGUGUGAGAGACGAUCAUCUUCGUCUCUGUAAUGUUGGAAUUAAUGGUAGAAUUGGCACAAUACAUUUCAUUCGAUUUCCAACAGACAGAAUGCUUGAUUUUAUACAUUUGGUUAAGAUUAAGGGAUUUGCCGAAAUGAGUAGUACAGUAUGCGCUACUGGAGGCGGCUCUUUAAAAUAUGCUAAGGAGGCAACGGAUUUGGGUUUGCAGUUACACAAAACAGAUGAACUGGAAUCUCUGAUUAAGGGUAUUGAAUUUAUUGCUGCAACAAAUCCUGACGAAUGCUAUUAUUAUGAGAAUCCUUUGGAUGACGCUUUAUGUAGAAAAGUAAUUUGGCGAUGGUCACAUGGUCGCUGCUCAACAUCAGAUUUUGUUCCAGAAAACGAGAAGAAAGAUGGCUUACAGUAUCCAUACAUCGUUUGUAAUAUUGGUAGUGGUGUAUCUGUUUUAGCUGUACGUGGCCAUAAUCAGUUUGAACGAAUUGGAGGCAGUAGCAUUGGUGGUGGUUUCUUUCAAGGUAUAUGUGCAGUUAUGUGUGGGUGUGAAACAUUUGAAGAAGCAAUUGAGUUAGCAUCACGAGGGGACAAUAAGAACGUUGAUAAGCUCGUGAAAGAUAUUUACGGCUCAGGUUAUGAUCAAAUGGGUCUUCCAGGAGAUGUUAUUGCUGCAAGCUUUGGAAAAAUAUAUAAUAAGAAGGAUCGUGAUAAAGCACGAAUUGAAGAUCUUGCGCGUUCGGCACUCGUAACUACAACAAACAAUAUUGGUUCAAUUGCAUUUAACGGAGCGAAAACUUAUGGAAUUGAUCGGAUUGUUUUUGUUGGAAAUUUUCUGAGAGUAAAUCCCAUUGCUGCUAGAUUGCUGAGUAAUGCUAUGAAUUUUUGGUCAAAAGGAACGAAAAAAGCACUAUUUUUGAUACAUGAAGGUUAUUUUGGUGCGGUUGGAUGCUUGGAUAAAUUGGUCGAUGUUACUGAAACAAGAAGGCGAAUACGUGUUGAAAAUCAAUAG